AUGUCUGUAAUGGAUAUACCAUCUGAAUUUAUGCAUUGUUUUAAUGUUAAUGAUGAGAUCUCUGUUCCCGAUCACAUGGAUGUUGAAGAGUCCACACAAUUAGAUUUGUAUGAAAUUGCCUCGAUUGUGUGGCAUUCUUGGCAACCUGGUGUUGACGAUCAAAUCCAGAAGAAGAAUGACGAACCAGAGAUUAAGAGAUUUAUGGAUUUAGAUAUGUACCAGGCAAAUUAUAAUGAUAAAAAAAUAACUGACGAAGACAUACUCCCCACUGCUUUACCUAAACGCAAUUCAGAGAAAAAAAAAAUUUCAUUUAAAGCUGCUUCAGGAACCAGGAGACCUUACCGAUUCUAUACUCCAACUCAGAUCCAAGAUCAAAGAGCUUCUUGA